AUGGGUACAGCCAAGAAGGAAGCUGCCCGCCGGGAGCGGCAGGGCAAGACUGGAGAUGGCAUGGGCAAUGUGAAGACCAAGGGUGAAAACUUCUAUCGAAGUGCUAAGAAGGUCAAGACCCUCAAUAUGUUCAAGGGGGGUAAAGCACAACGAAAUGCCCAGGGUGAAAUCACCAAAGCUGCAUCCUACCAAUCCCGCGAGAUUCCAAACGCCCGGAUAGAACCUAACAGAAAAUGGUUUGGCAAUACAAGAGUUAUCUCACAGGAAGCUUUGAGUUCGUUUCGAGAAGCAGUCGCUAAGCGUGCCUCGGAUCCAUAUCAAGUUCUGCUCAAAACAAAUAAGCUGCCAAUGAGCUUGAUCCGCGAUGGAUCAGAUACUAAUGGGCUCAAGGAGCACAAGGCUAAGAUUGCUGUUGAAACAGUACCUUUCAGCGACACAUUCGGGCCCAAGGCACAGAGAAAACGAGUCAAGCUCAGCGUUGGGACACUCGAAGAUCUUGCGGGCGAGUCGGUCAAGAUGCACGAGACCUACAUUGAACGGCUGGAUCAGGCAAAAUUAUUGAGCGGGACAUCGGGUGAAACUGCUGAAAACGACCAUGCCGCUGAUGAUGGGCAGCUCACAUCGGCGAGAGAGCCUGUUUUCUCUAAGGGUCAGAGUAAGCGGAUCUGGAACGAGCUGUACAAGGUCAUCGACUCGUCCGAUGUUGUCAUUCAUGUGCUUGAUGCUCGAGAUCCUGAGGGUACACGGUGCAGAAGCAUCGAAAAGUACAUUCGUGAGGAAGCACCACACAAGCAUUUGAUUUUCGUUCUGAACAAGUGUGAUCUGGUACCAACCGGCGUUGCUGCUGCUUGGGUUCGUGCAUUAUCGAAAGACCAUCCCACAUUGGCCUUCCAUGCUUCCAUCAACAACUCAUUUGGCAAAGGCUCUUUAAUCCAGCUUCUACGCCAAUUUUCAUCGCUACAUUCGGACCGUAAACAGAUAUCGGUAGGAUUUAUUGGAUAUCCGAACACCGGAAAAUCGUCCAUUAUCAACACCCUCCGAAAGAAGAAGGUUUGCACUGUUGCUCCCAUUCCCGGUGAAACAAAAGUGUGGCAGUACAUCACGUUGAUGAAGAGAAUCUAUUUGAUUGACUGCCCUGGUGUCGUCCCACCGAGCAACCACGAUACCGAAGAGGACAUCCUGCUGCGAGGCGUGGUGCGCGUAGAGAAUGUCGAAAACCCAGAACAAUAUAUUCCUGGAGUUCUCAAACGAGUUCAGUCACGCCAUAUUGAACGGACCUAUGAGAUCAAGAAUUAUAAGGACUCAAUCGACUUUCUAAGUAUCCUGGCCAGAAAGGGAGGCAGGUUGCUCAGAGGCGGCGAACCUGAUGUCGAUGGAGUCGCUAAGAUGGUUAUUAAUGACUUUCUACGUGGGAAGAUCCCGUGGUAUACUCCACCGCCCCAUUCUGCUGAUGCCGAUGCAGACGGAAAGAUUGACGGGCGUGAGGGACGACUUGGUGAGAUGGGCCGCAAACGGAAGCGGGAUGACUCCGAAACUGGCACUUCGGUUGCACCAUCUGAUGAUGCGGCAUCGGAGCUGAGUGAAUCUGACAUGGAUGAUGAGCCGUUUGAGGGAUUUAGUGAAGGUGAUGAUGGUUCAGCUAGCGAGGAGGAAGCAGAUAAGGCCGAUGAAGAUGGCCCUCCUGCCAAGUGA